AUGGUGUCUAUUGCCGCGCGGCCACCGCUUGCCGCGGCCGGCAGCGGCACCGGCAGCCUUCCAGCCCGUGUUACAGGGCAUACUCGACAAAAUCAAAGCCAUAAUGCCCUCAACGCGCCAGCUGUUGUGGCUCGGGCGCCUGCUCAGUCAAGCGCGCGCUCGACCACGCGAACUUCGGCGGCUCCCGGAGCCCCUGUCAUGACUGCAACCGAGCGCGUACGCAAGUCAAUUGAUCGUAGCCAUGAGCGGCGUUCUAUGGAGCAGCGAAGUCACGAGCAGCCUCAGACGGAGCCUCUGGAGCAGGUCGCCGAGGAUCCCCUAGAGCGCCUCUCCGCUGACUUGACAGCCCUCUCCCUCCAACACGCUGCAGCUAUGGCAGCCGCGGCAGCCGUCAGCACCGCACCUCCCUCUUCCGAUGCUAAUCCUGCCGCUGCAUCCGCUGCCGAACCGGCGAUUUCCGUCACGGCUCCCGCUGCCAUCACCUCUCGCGGCAACAGGCACCAGCAAAUCAACAACAGUGGCAGUAACCGCGUCACCGUGACGGUUCACACUGCCGCGCCCCCGUCGGCGCCGGCCUCCGCUGUCGGCAGCGGCAGCAGCGCUGCCCUGAGCAAAAGGGCCUCUGCCACGGGUCUCCCUGCACAGCUGCUGGCGCUCCGAGACCCCGCCUGCCCCGUGUCCCUGCCCCCCCCGGGGGGUCUACCCGCCUCCUGCUUGCCCCUGGACAACUGGAAGCUGGACAAGCUGGUGCUGGCCCUCUCCGCCAACAAGGCCACGUGGCGGCGCUCGUUGCUGCUGUUCGAGUGGCUCAAGGCCGCAGGCCACCAGCUAGAUGACCGCCUGUGCACCACGCUCAUCCGCGUCUGCUCCGACCACGGCGACGCCGUCAGCGCCCUGGCGGUGUACGACUGGAUGACGGGCUCCACCGCUGCCGGCGGUGCCGGGCUCGAAGCCACCGCGUACACCUACACCGCCGCCAUGCGCGCCGCGCUGGCGGGUGGCCUGACGGACCGCGCCAUGUCCAUCUGGAACGAGGCCUGGCGCCGCCAUACCGCCGGCCGCCUCCAAAUGGACUGCCGCCUGUGCAUCACUUAUUUAGAGCUGUGCACACGUCUGGGCCUUACGGACCAGGCGCUGGCGAUGUACGGCGCCAUGCGGGCGGCGCCGCCGGGCAGCCGCAUGGCCCCGACGGUGCACGCGUACACUGCCGCGAUGCGCGCCGCCACCGAGGGCGGCCGGUGGUACCGGGCCCUAGACAUCUGGGCAGAUAUGCGGGCUUCGGGUUGCGAGCCGACUGGUCAUGCCUUCUCUGCGGCGAUAUCGGCGUGUGCUCCCGCCGGGGACUGGAGUCGCGCCGUCGCGCUGUUUGACGAGAUGACAGGUCCCGCCGGCAUCAGGCCCGAUGUCGUAUCCUGUACGGCACUUAUUACGGCGUUAGCGUCGGGCGGCGAAGCGGACCGCGCCGAGGCAGUUGUGGCUUGGAUGUUGGCAAACGGUGUACGACCGAAUGCCCGGACGUACACUGCUCUGAUGGCGGCGUUGGGGAAUGCGAAGCGGUGGUCGCGGGCAGUGGAGGUCCUGGGGCGGAUGCAGACCCCGGAAUGGGGGGGAGUACAACCCAACGCGUACACCUACUCGGCCCUCCUGAAGAGUCUCGGCGAGCACGGUCAAUGGCAGCUGGCGGAGGCCGUGUUUAGCUCCAUUGAGCGCCAGGUGCUGGGCCCCGCCGCCGCGGCGCCGCCAGCCGCCGCCGCGCUCUCCCUCGCAGCGGCACUGGCGUCCUCGCCCGCGGCAUCCGUACCCACAUCGGCUGCGGGGGCCGCGGGGGCACCGCAGCUCAUCAGUCCACUGACGGCCCUGCUGGCACAGGCUGCCGUGACGGCAUCCGUCGAGGCCGCGGCAUCCUCAACAUCAUCUUCCGCCGUAGCCGUAGCUGCUGCCGGCGGCGGCAUGUACGACAACCCUGCCUCGUACGCUGCUCCUCAGAGAACCUGGACUCGUCCGUCGCAGCUGCACGGCCUUUCCCUGGACCUGACGUCGCUAGCGGCCGGCGGCACCGCCGCUGCCGCUGCAGAGGCAGACGCCGCCAGUUCAGCGGAGCCGUCCCGUCGCAGCUUUAGCUUGUUCAGCCACCCGCCGGCGGCGGCGUCAGCGGCAGCAUCCACGGCGCCGUCCUCACCCCUAUCCGCUUCUAGCUUCUGUGUAACUGAUGAUGUGCCUUUGAGGGCUGGUAUCCUUCAGGCGAUUUCCUCGACGGAGGUGGCCCAUCCCUGGAGGUCUGCCUUGGACAGCGCCUCCGCCGGGACCCUCGCCAGCCAGCUGACGGCGGCCGCCGCCGCCGCCGCCGCCGCCGCUUCCGACGUAUCUGCCUUUAGCAAUCACGUCGCAAUAGGGCACAUGGCCGGAGCUCCAGGUAGCGGCGUGCCGUCGGCACCGGUGGCGGCAGCCGCGGCGGCGGCUUCGUUCCCUCUGGGUUUUGCUGCUAACGCCGUCGACAUGUCGGCGCCGUCGACAGCACCUUCACCCGCGACUAUGCUGGCGGGUCCCCCUGCCCCGUCAACUGCCGUUAACCACCACAACCACCAUCACACCCAUAUACCCGGUUCCUCCCACUCUUCCCCUCACCAUCACGGCUUGCUGAACGAAGUUGUUUGCGGCGCCUUGAUGUUGGCGUACGAGCGGGCUGGCAAGUGGCAGGAGGCGGUGGGGGUGCUGCUGCGGGCCAUGAACCUGGGUAUCACUCCCAACACCGUGAUGUACAACACCGCGAUUUCAGCGGCGGGCAAGGCAGGCCAGCUGGAGAUUGCCGAGAAGCUCUACAGCAAGGUACGACAGCCCGACACGGUCACUCACGAGACGAUGAUUGCGGCGUACGGCAUGGCGGGUCUUCCAGAUCGUGCCGAGGCGGUGUUCUCGGCCCUGACAGCCGCCGGCCUGCGGCCCCGGGACUUCGCCUUCUGCGGCCUCAUUGCCGCCCACAGUCUCGCGGGGGACUGGGAGGGCGCCAUGAGGGUCCGUACGCGCAUGCGGCGCGCGGGUGUGCAGCCGUCAGCUGAUGUCUACAACGCGCUGUUGGCCGCGUGCGAGCGGGCUGGUCAGCCGGAUAAGGCCCUGGAACUCCUUGGCGCGAUGCGACGGGAUGGGGUGGAGCCAAACGCACUGACAGGUCAGUUGCUGUCGCUCGUAGGCCGGCAGGGCGUGAGGAGUGUGGAGGGCCAGCAAGUGGCGGCGGCGGCGCUGUCGGCGGCGGUGGCGGCGUACGGCACUUUGUUGAUGCAAACGGGUCUGUUUUAG